UCUCCUCAGACAAAAGCAGAGGACAAGGAGAAAAUGGAGCGUGUGUGGCUGUGGAGUAUGUUCGUCCUGCUGUCAGUUUGUGGUUUAUGUGUGUUUGGAGAAGAAGGCAAAGAGUGGAAGAAAAUUAGAAAAGACAUAUCUGAAGCUGUUGUAGGAUACACUCCGUGCGACCCUGUCAAUUGUAGCUGCCACCUAAGUGUCCUACAGCAUGACUUGCAACACUUUACAGCGGGAAUCUCUGAAGACCUAAUGGCCACCACCAUUCAGCGAGGUGUGGGCACUCAUUACCAGAUCAUUGGUCACAAGUUGUACAGAGAACACAACUGUAUGUUCCCUGCCAGAUGCAGUGGGGUGGAGCAUUUCAUCAUUGAGGUGAUUGACAGUUUACCUGACUUGGAGUUGGUAAUUAAUGUUAGAGAUUAUCCUCAAGUCCCAAGCUGGGUGACGCCGACCCUGCCUGUCUUCUCUUUCAGUAAGACCUCAGACUACCAGGACAUCAUGUACCCUGCUUGGACAUUUUGGGAGGGUGGACCUGCUGUGUGGCCCAUUUACCCCACUGGACUAGGGAGAUGGGAUCUGAUGAGGGAUGACCUUAAAAAGUCUGCAGCUCAGUGGCCAUGGACGAAGAAAGAGUCUAAAGGAUUCUUCAGAGGCUCAAGGACCAGUCCAGAGCGAGACCCGCUCAUCCUCUUGUCCAGAGAAGCUCCAGAGCUCGUGGAUGCAGAGUACACGAAGAACCAGGCCUGGAAAUCAGAGAAGGACACACUUGGGAAACCUCCAGCCAAAGAAAUCCCACUGGUCGAUCACUGCAAGUACAAGUAUUUAUUCAACUUCCGAGGCGUGGCGGCGAGUUUUCGCUUCAAACAUCUCUUCCUCUGUGGUUCUCUGGUGUUCCAUGUGGGCGAUGAAUGGCAGGAGUUUUUCUACCCUCAGCUCAAACCCUGGGUCCACUACAUUCCAGUCAGACAGGAUCUGUCAGAUGUCAGGGAACUUCUCCAGUUUGUCAAACAGAACGAUGCCAUCGCAGAGGAAAUCGCCACAAGGGGGAAAGAAUUCAUCCUCAACCACCUGCAAAUACAAGAUGUUUCCUGUUACUGGCAGAGACUCCUCACUGAGUUCAGUCACCUUCUCACCUACAAACCCAAACGAAACAAUAGCUACAACCAGAUCUUCCACAAACCCAGUAAGACAGAGCUGUAAGUCAGAUAUAGUGUGGGACCUGAACAGUUGGCUAAAUCUUGAAUGUAACCACACCACCAUGACAUGUGAUUGAUUUUCCCAGUUUUGUAAUAUCUUAGCUUUAGCUAAUGCGAAGUCACAAGGCUGUUUUCACUCUUUUUUCAAAUGACUUCAUUGUUUUAAUGUCAAAAGGGCAGUUUACUGAGUUGAUACUUUCAAUUAUGCUGCCACUUAUUUGCCUUGUUGACUUAAAUAUUGUAAUGUCCACUGUCUAAAAUCACCAGCAAAGAAACAUCAAGACACAUGUGAGCUGUGUUAGUUAAUGUUUAUUUUACUCAUAAAAGGAGCAUUCCACAGAUUUUACAUGCCAAGGUCAACAUGCACAUUAUGAGGAAUCAUUUUCUGUGGUUCAAGAGUAGCACAAAAAUACUUUUUUCAACCUUAAUCCUGAGUAUAAACUGAAGUUUUAGAGUUAUAAAGAUGUGGCAGACAGUGUGUAAUAUUAAUAGAUGAUAAAAACAACAACAACAACAACAACAAUGCAGGGUCCCAUUUUGCGCAAGUCUGAUCAUGUCAUGUUAUGGCAACUUCUGCCUCUUCAGUUUGAGUCACACAGCUUUUUUGAAGUGACAAUACAUUGCUGGAAUACCCCUUUAAGAUGCACUGCUGAGACUCCUGCAUAUGGCUUCAAAUUUUAGGUUUCUCAGGAAAAUAUUUGAUGAUAUACUAGCACUGAGAAGUUGCACAAUCAGCUGUGGGCCACCUAUAACUCUGAGUUUAAAUACUUCACAAUAUCACGGCAUAUAAUAACAAUAAAAAUAAUAAUAAUAAUAUGGUACUAGUACUGUGCUUGUCCACAUUUAAUGUAUUCUGUUAGAUUGGGAGAAUUUUGUUGUCCAACCUUGCAGUAUGUAGAAUAAUUCUUUUUUUAUUUUGAAUGUACUGUAUGCCUUCAUGAGAGUUGAUGGCGAUCCAACAUCAAUUUGGCUACACCGCCCUCUGCUGGGCAACUUGAGAAACUGUUACUAACUAGUUUAUUCACAUUAUGCAAACAGUGCCAUCACAGUAUCAACGUUUUGUAUUUUAAUAGGUUCUAACAUUAGUUUCAUAACUUGAAAGCACAAAGGAAUCACAUUUCACACAAGUGCCAAGAGUAAAUGUAUUGUGUAAUGUGUUUUAUUUUGAUAUGUGGUUUCUUUCAUACUUUGGAAACGGUUAUGUGAAUGUGUUUGUGUGUCGAAAAAUGUAACUGAUACAGAACUGUGUUGAAUAUGUUGUAGUAUUCACACCAAACUAAUGUCAUAUCUUGGUCUAAAGGUGGUGUAUUUAAAUGUUGAUUUGACCAAUAAGCUGUGAUCAUGUGUCUGAUCAUGUGAUAUCAAGUUGUUAUUCAGCAGUUUUGUUUUUUAGGCCAAUAAAAUGUUUGUAUCUUU